UAAUGAUGUUCAAGUCAAGGAUCAUUUCGAACUCAAGGCGUGGAUUUGCGUCUCAGAUGAGUUUGAUGUUUAUGUUAGAAGCAAAGAGAUCUUUGUAGCUUUUGGAGGUGAGGUAAAGGAGGAACAUAAAAAUUUUAAUAAACUUCAUGAAGCUCUUAGAGAUCACCUAACACGAAAAAGAUUUUUAUUGGUGUUAGAUGAUGUGUGGAGUGAGAGUCCUGAGGAUUGGGAAGGCCUCGUUAAGCCCUUUUAUACAUGUUCUCCAGGAAGUAAAAUCAUAGUAACAGCACCAAAGGAUAUAUUACUAAAAGAGCUGGGUUACAAUUCUCUGUACAAGCAUCUGGAGUUCCUGUCAGAUGAUGAUGCUUUAUCUUUGUUUGCUCUACAUGCAUUAGGCGUAAGAAAUUUCGAUUCACACUUGUCACUUAAACCACAUGGUGAAGGUAUUGUGAAGAAAUGUGAUGGGUUGCCUCUGGCAUUGAUCGCACUUGGUACAUCACUGAAGACAAAAAAAGAUGAAGACUCAUGGAAGGGAGUGUUAGAAAGUGAGAUAUGGAAAUUACCUGUUGAAGAUAAAAUUAUCCCAGCCCUGAGACUUAGCUAUCAUGAUCUUUCGGCACCUUUGAAGCGUUUGUUUGCAUACUGCUCAUUGUUUCCCAAGGACUUCCUGUUUGAUAAAGAGGAUCUGGUUUUACUUUGGAUGGCAGAAGGGUUCUUGCAGCAGGUAACUCCAAAUGGUUCAACAGAAGAACAACAAUCCGGUCACGACUUCUUUGACGAGUUGUUGUCAAGGUCGUUUUUUCAACGUGCGCCUAAUAAUGAAUCAUUAUUUGUGAUGCAUGACCUCAUGAAUGACUUGGCGACAUCUGUUGCUACCGAGUUUUAUUUUAGGUUAGACAACGAGUCAGGGAAGAAUAUUAAGAAGAUGAAGCUAGACAAGUACCGCCAUAUGUCAUUUGUUCGUGAGGAAUAUGUAGCUUACGAGAAGCUCAAGGUACUUGAAAACGCCAAAUGUCUGAGGACAUUCUUGGCAACGUUUGUUGGGGAGGUGGAACCUUGGCGAAAAAAAUUUUACUUAUCCAAUCAGAUUCUGACUGACUUGCUUCCUAAGUUACCAUCAUUAAGGGUUCUAAGUUUGAGCGGCUUUGAAAUAAGUGAGUUACCGGAGUCCAUUGGUACUUUGAGGCACUUGAGAUAUCUUAAUCUAUCUCAAACUCCUAUCACACAUUUACCCGAAAAGGUUUGCAAUCUUGUUAAUUUACAAACAUUGAUCCUGUUUGGUUGUGAUGAAUUAACUGAGUUGCCCAACAACUUCCUAAAUCUGAAGAACCUGCAACAUCUUGACGUUAGGGACACCCUCAUUUCAUUUCAGAUGCUGUUAGAGAUUAGCAAGUUGAAAAGCCUACAAAUUACUCUCUCGAAAAUCGAUAUCGAAAGUGAAAGGGGAAUUGAAAUAGCCAAACUUAAAGACUUUAAAAAUAUAUAUGGGAAAAUUUCUGUUGUAGGUUUGGAAAAAGUGCAAAAUGCAACCUAUGCACAUGAGGCGAACUUUUCACAAAAGAAGCUUAGUGAGUUAGAGCUUGUUUGGAGUGAUGAGCUACAUGAUUCACGAAAUGAAAUGCUUGAAAAGGCGGUCCUAAAUGAGUUGAAGCCUUGUGAUGAUAAGUUAAUACAACUGCAAAUCAGGUCAUACGGGGGAAAAAAUUUUCCAAAUUGGGUUGGGGAUCCCUCGUUUCUUCAUUUGAAGCAUGUGUCAAUAAGUGGCUGUAAGAGAUGUACAUCUCUACCGCCACUUGGGCAGCUACCGUCUCUCAAGAAGUUGGAUAUAGAAGGCUUAUAUGGGGUGGAAGCUGUGGGUUCUGAGUUAUUUGGGACUGGUCAAGCAUUUCCUUCACUUGAAAUUCUGAGUUUUUAUGAUAUGCGUGGGUGGGAGAAAUGGUCAGGGGCUGUGUUUCCACGCUUGCAACAGCUUGGAAUAUAUGGUUGUCCUGAUUUGGUUGAAGUCACACUUGAAGCAAUGCCUUCAUUGAAUGAUCUAGAAUUAUAUAAAUGUGAUAGUGGUGUGUUGAGAAGGCUGGUUGAAGUAGCUUCAGCAGUCACCAAGUUGGAUAUAUUUCAUAUAUUAGGGCUUAAUGAUGAGGUGUGGGGAGGUGUUAUAGAGUCUCUUGGGGGAGUUGAAGAAUUAAGGAUACGGAGAUGUAAUGAAAUAAGAUACCUGGUGAAAUCAGAUGCAGAUCCAAGCAAGAUUCUUGUGAAGCUGAGGAGAUUGGUAAUAGGGAAUUGUGAUAAUUUGGUGAGUAUCGGAGAGAAAGAGGAGGAGGAUAAUUGUAGAAGCAACCUCCUAACAUCUCUUAGGAUGUUGAAAGAAUUAGAGAUAUCUAAGUGUAAGAAUAUGGAACGUUGCAGCUGUUCAGAUGGCGUUGAGGAGUUGAGUGUCGUUGAAUGUAGUUCAAUGAGAGUAGUCUCGUUUCCAAAAGGAGGACAGGAAAAGCUCAGGUCACUUACAAUCAUUAAUUGCAGGAACCUAUUGGAAAGGGAGUGGGAGUGGGGUGGACAAAAAAUGAACAACAACAGAAGCAGCAGCAGCAUGCCCAUGCUUGAAUAUGUAUCUAUACUUGAUUGGCCAAAUCUGAAAUCAAUAAUUGAGCUGAAUGACUUUGUUCACCUCACUGAAUUGAUGAUAGGUAACUGUGAAAACCUUGAGUCAUUUCCAGACACUUUAACAUCGUUAAAGAAUAUGAGAAUAAGUAAUUGUCCCAAAUUGGAGCUUUCCUUUCUUGGUGAAAAUUUGACGUCAUUGAAGCAACUGGAAAUAAGAGAGUGUCCAAGAAUGGAUGCUUCUUUACCUGGUUGGGUUUGGCCUCCCAAUUUGCAAAUCUUAAUAAUUGAGAAGUUGAAGAAGCCCUUCUCCGAGUGGGGCCCACAAAAUUUUCCAACCUCACUUGUGGAACUAUACUUAUACGGUGGUGGUGAAGAUGGAGUAUUUAUUAGUUGGAGUGAAUUUUCUCAUCUUCUUCCUUCAUCUCUUAUUUCUCUUGAAAUAAAUCAAUUUAAGAAAUUGGAAUCAGUUUCAAUGGGACUCCAACACCUCACCUCCCUCCAAUCUCUCUCUUUUGCGUUUUGCCCUAAUCUGAAGAAAGUGGCUUCCCAUCCCCAGCAACUCACCUCCCUCCACCAUCUCUGUUUUUGGGAUUGCCCAAAGAUGAUGGAUCUACCAGAAACGUUGUUGCCUUCACUCUUGAGAUUAAAGAUCAGGUAUAAUUGCCCAGGUUUGAAAGAAAGAUGCAGUAAAAACGGGAGUUACUGGCCCCUCAUCUCCCAUCUCCCCUGUAUCGACAUACAAGAAUUCUAAUAUGAAGAUUUGAUGCUGCAGCCUGGAAACAUUUUACAGAAGGGAGCAAAAAGCUAGGCUUUAUUGGAAGAUUAUGAUGCUGGCUACCUUUUUCCUUUAUCGUUUUUUGUCGAUACCUAUUAGUGAUUUGUGCAUAAAAGAACCAGUUGUUGACUUGGAUUCUAUUUUGUUGGUAAUGGUUCAAACUGCAGAUUGUAAUUUGUGUGUAUACCUAUAAUAGUGAUCGGUGCAUCACUAAUGUUA